CUCUCACUCUCUCUCUCUCUCUCUCUCUCUCUCUUUCUUUGUCUGUCUUUCUCUGACCCUCUCUCCAUGGACUUCCAUCUGAAGCAAUGGAGAAAUCAGCAAUAUGAGUCAGAACAGGAAGAACAAGAACAAGAACAACAUUCUGCAAAGAUACCAAAACUCCUUCUUGAUCAUCACCAGCAGCAACCCCAUCAGAUCAAACCAGAACCAUCUCCUGUUUCUUCUGCUCUACCUCUGUUUGUACCUGAUCAUCACCAUCAACCCAACAACAAAAUCAUCCCCACCCACUUGUCAGUAGCAUUUCCUGAUCAAUCAACAACAACAACCCCAGUUUCCUCUUCUAGACACCACCCCAGAAUGGGAAGUUAUUUCAGCUUGGCCCAAUGGCAAGAGCUAGAACUGCAGGCUUUGAUAUUUAGAUACAUGUUAGCUGGCGCUGCUGUGCCUCCUGAGCUACUUCAACCCAUCAAGAAAAGCUUUAAUCUUCUUCAUAAUCCUCCUUAUUUUCUUCACCAUCCAACUCUUCAACCGUACGCCCACCAUUUUCAGCCUGCUGCUGCUUUGUUCCAAACGGGGUAUUGGGGAAGGGCGGCGAUGGAUCCGGAGCCGGGGCGGUGCAGGAGGACAGACGGGAAGAAGUGGAGGUGUUCGAGGGACGUGGUGGUCGGUCAGAAGUACUGCGAGCGACACAUGCACCGUGGCAGAAACCGUUCAAGAAAGCCUGUGGAAACCCCCACAUCCGUCGCCGGCAGAGUUUCCGGCGUCGGAGCUGCUUCCGGCGGCGGAGGAGGAGGAACUCUGAGUUCGAGUUCCGCCACCGCCGCUGGCGGGUCUCCCUUGGGAACUGCCUCUGGUGGGACCCAUUUUGCCCUUUCAGGGCCAUCCUCUUCCAUAGAUCUCCUUCACCUCAACCGGAGUUCCUCGGACGUAAGUAAUAAACGUGAAAGCAAGGACUUGUUUGAACCCCACAACGAGGUCUCCGGCAGCGACGGCAAAUCCGGUGGUCAUAUACUCCGGCAUUUCUUCGAUGAUUGGUCUAGAUCGCUUCAAGAAGCGAGCUCAAUGAAUUCCUCCACUACUAGCCUUUCUAUUUCCAUGCCGGGAAAUUCGUCUUCAGAUGUUUCAUUGAAAUUGUCCACUGGGGACGGGGAUGGGCCGGCCCAACAGGAUGGCCAUAUGGGCCGGGACCAUCAUCCGCAAUUGGGCUGGGCCACGGUAUGGGGUGCCAGCCCAAUGACUCCGAUGGGUGGGCCUCUCGCGGAGGCCCUAAGGUCAUCCAACUCUAAUUCCUCUCCCACUAGCGUUCUACAUCAGUUGCCUCGUGGGUCUGCCUCCGAGUCUUGCAUUGUUAGCUCAUGAAGAUUGUUGAUUUAUAUGAUGUGAUCAUGCGUUUCUUUUUUUUUUUUAAAUGGUUUUCAUAAGUCAUAUGAGCGUACUUUUUUAAGAGCUGCUCUAAUGUGUAAAUUGCAUGACCUUUUUUUUUUAUUGGUUACCUUUUUCUUUCACUAAAAAACUGUUUUGUUCCGGGGGGUCCUU